GUAAACGAUUUUCAAGUGUUUCAUGUUUUCCGUUUUCGCUUUUCCACUAUAGAUAGUAUCGGGAACAAUCGAUGCAUUACGAGUGUUGUUUUCUACCAUAGAGGACGUGUUUUUUCAUGGUUUAGCAUUAGAACAUUGAAAUUACAUUCUCAAUUUAUGUGGGUUAGAUACAAUUGACGAGGUGAAACGUUAUACAUUAUUGUUAUAAAUUCCGGAACACAACCAUAAUACCAUGAAAAAUGAUACGUAAUAUCUUCUACACACAGUGUAUUGUAUUCAAGUUUAGUUUUAAUGUUUGAAAUAUUGAUAUUUUAAAAAUAGUUAUGCAAUUUUGUGAACUGUGUAAAACUUGUUAAUCUGCUUGAGGUUUGAACUAAAGAUUUAAACUACAACCGGUUUCUAAAGUUUGUGAACUUGUGCUGAAAGUGACAGACAUUUCUAUUGGCUGAUUUUUCUUCCUGCUUCGAACAAAACGCUGGGUGACAGGUCGGACUUGUAAGGCGUGGAAAAGCACUAGAACACAGUGAUCGAGUUUUCAGAUGACUUUGGCCAAGGGCACCAGUUUUGUUUUUCUGUUGACUGUUUUUAUGUUUCUGAUACUACAUGGCAUUAUUGCGGCUCCUAUAUCAAAAGAGACUGAAUCAGACGUAGACAUGGAUUCACAUAAAGAGGAUGUUGGAAACGAAAGUAUGGACGAAGAAGUGCUCGAACUUGAACAUCUAAAACAUGAAACUACUGCAGGACCAAGUGCAAACACAAAAGAAGAGAUUUUGCCUCAACUGGAAAAACAAUUGGAAGAAGAAGCGAAAGCAUCCGCUACCAUAUUGUCCUCUAAUGAAGAAGGUUUGGAGAGCGAGGACAUCGAUGAUGACAUAGAUAGUGACGGCGAUAGUAAUAAUAACAACGUUGAUUACGCGGAAAAGAUAGCGAAAGCUUCCGAAAACAUGCUACUGAAAACCCUGGCCGAAUAUCAUCACAAACAACAGCAACAGCAACAUAUUGAAGACCACCAUUUCAUUUCACAUCCGCAUAAUGCAGGCGAACGAAAGAACCCAGACAGUAUUAAGGACAGUAGCCUUUUAAUGAAGUUACUUCCAGGCACGACAAGCCUAAACAAUGGCUCUCAACAUAGUUUGGACCAAACGACACCGACCGUGUCGGAUCCAUCGAUUAUUUUACAAACGGAACAGAUAUCGAAAUCUUAUCAUGAAAUGAAUUCUCUAACUAGUAAUGGCCAACGGCGCAGUAAUGCUGAGAUACUCUUACGACACAGCGGAGGGCAGUAUUCGGCCUUUGACAUGGCUCAAUAUGUUUUUUGGACUGGAGAUGAAGCUGGUGUGGCUCGUGCUGUAGAGGAAUUGAUUCAAAAAGGCCUGAUGACACGAGAAAAUGCAAUCAAAUUUCUACGCGACAUCCGCUUAGGCAUCGAUUACCUUCAGAAUACGUAUUCCAGUAGUUCUUUAAAAUCGGAUUCUCACUUGCAUAGUGAGCGCGACAGCAGUACAGCUAUGACCGCCGCUACUGAAGCUCCAACUACAACCAUUGCAACCCAUACAGAGGGUGUAGUCGACUACAGCUUAUUGGAGCAACCAGCUACUCUCUCGCCAGAAAUAGCUAAAGUUAUUGAGCGGUUGCCGAGUUUGCUUAAACUUAAUGGUUUGAAUGAAGAAGCAGAAGCUACACAAGAUUACGACGAUGUGGUUGGGCGACUUCGAUUAGCAGAUUUCCUUUAUGCAGAAUAUUCACUUGAAGAGGUUAUCUAUCAACUCUCCAAGGUAAUGUUUACCCAAUCACUGACUCGUGGUUCCGAACCUGCUCAAAAUGCGCUAGAAAAAUUAACUGCAUUCCUGGAAUCGGAAGGUAGUCACGGGCGUAUAUCACCAUCUCUUCAAAAGAAGAUUUUAGAUGUACUUCUGGCUGCUCUUGCUGACACACUAGCUGACAACCCAGAGCUCAUGAAAGCAGUGAGGGCAGCAUUGGGCAAUCAUAUGGAAAAGAUUCCGCAGCGUAAUUCUUCAAACAACCACUAGAUGCUGAAACUAAAGAUAAUCGUCUCAUAACGGGCAUACAGUUAUUGUUGAAUUUUUAGAUAUUUGUUUAUAAUUCAUUCAGAAUAACAUUUGGAUUUUAGUAAGACUCAAAUCUUUAUAAUAAAGCAGAAAAAAAGUAAAAUGCAAAACUUAUUCAAAAGCUAAAUUACGAAAACCUGUUGAAAAUAUAAACAUAAACGAAAAAAAAUAUCGCUUUUGUUGAAAACGUUGAAAACACAAGCUCCAAUAAUUCAGUGCGUUAGAAGAAAGAAAAAUAGAAUCUUCCUUAUAAGAUUUGGAGUCUAUUUACAAGUUUUGACAGAGUUUACUAGCACUUUUUUGAACAACGUGUAUUAACAUGUGAAGUGCAGCUUAUACCAUAAAGAUUGAAGAUUUGUAUAAAUUCAAGACUGUAUAAAACAAAACAAAGCCAUAGCGAGCCAUAAAGAAUUAAAUGAGUUCACAUAACAUCCACCUGUAUUUGUAUUAUAAAGUCUUGUUCAGCGUUAAUAGAAAUAUUUAACAUAUAACCACAGACAGACGACCAAGCAAGAACAAAAUUGAUCGAAAAUUUCGUGUAAAUUUUCAAAGAGAAUUGCGUUAUAAAUCAUUUGUAUACUAGCGCCGCCUGGUGACCUUAUCGCUACAAUACAUUUUUUUUGCUGGGGUAUGAGGCUAGCGUCACUAGUAGCGCUAUCUGGUUACGGAUUGCUACUACAAAAAUCUCUACACAAGUUUGGGACUCAGCUUGGACGUCUGUCUGCGAUAUUACCGAAUGUUAACAGCAAUGUUCUAAAACCUGCAAAGAAUCUUGAAAGCUGACCCCGGCAUUCGAGUAUGAAUAAACGCUUAGACCGAGCCAACCUAGUAGGAACCCGCAUAAUCAAUAACCAUAAACGGAUUACAAUCCGUAUGGUACGAUACCCCAUACGGUCGAGACUAUACCCCAAACUAGUUGUUAGGCAGGUUUUAUGGUUACUGAUUAUAUGGGAAGGAUUUAUGUUAUGUCACAUUUCUGCAGUCCACAAUUUUUAGUCUAGUAAAUAAACAUUAUGAUUUAAAAUUUCAAA